GGUGAAUUAAAUUAAAAAAACACCAUUCUUGUCAAUGUCAAUUGUCAUAAUUUAUAGUGUCAAUUCAAUGUCAAAACAAUAUUUUCUUUUCAAAUUGAACUGUUGAACAUCGAAUCGAUUUAUUUUGUGACUUUGAAAUAAAAGCGUUUCCUAAACCCAAAUCAUUCUAACAUUCUUAUAUCAGGUCCUUUUAUUUAAUGGAUUUCAAUUGCGUAUUUUGCUGCUGGUACUUAACAUAUAAAUAAGUACAGAGAAAUUCAAAACUGAAAAUCAACAAGAAAUCCACCAGUUGUGCACGGUGUUAAAUAUUUCGAUUAAAUUUCAUUUUAAAUAUGGCAAAUUGUAGACCGGCUGGACUUUCAGAUGAAGACUCUGACACUGACGAUUAUGGUUUUUUUGAUAAACAGGAAAGAAAUCAACUACAUUCUGGAUCUUUUGCAGACACAAAACAGAAAACUGAAACUAAGCUACAAGAUGCAAUUAUUAAUGGAGACAUUGCAGCAACUGCUAAAGUUAUCAGUGAAGAUUUGGGAGAUAAUGUCAAUGCCAAAUUGGAAAGCGGGUGGACUCCUUUGUGUCAUGCCUGUUUCCAUGCUCAAGAAGAUAUUGUCAACUUCCUAUUGAAUAAAGGUUCUGAUCCCAACUUGCAUGCAGAUUCAGUUACUCCAAUCAUGUUAGCGUGUUCCAACAACAGUGCCCACGAGUCUGUCACAUACAACAUUGUGGCCAGUCUGAUAGAAAAAGGAGCCAUACUCAACAUUGGCGACAAGUAUGGGAUGACGCCGCUCAUGCGGGCUGUUGUUAGUGGGCGCCUCACUGUUGUUGAACUGAUUCUAGACCAGAAUGUUAAUAUUGAGAUGAGAGAUCGACAAGGUUGGACAGCUGUCUUCUGGGCAAUACAUGACAAUCAACCACAAUGUCUUGAGGUACUGUUGAAAAGAGGAUCAAGAUGGAACUUGGUUGAUAGGUCCAACCGUUCGCCAAAACAUGUUGCAACUUUGCACGAUUUUAAGGAGAUUAAUUACAUAUUAGAAGAGUUUACAAAAAUUUCAAUCGAUAAAGACGAUGUUAAAAUCGACUUAAAUAAUCAAAAAGAUAGCAUAAGUAGUAUGUCGAUCUGGCAGGAUUACUAUCCUGGAUUGAGAGAUGAGAGCAAACCAAAAUACGCAUCAGAAAUACCUCAUCUCCUGUAUGGUAUGAACUGUGACCGUCUGCUGGAGAUAUUUAAAGAUAAUCCAAUGGAUCUGAGAACGUUUCUAUUGCUGGAGAACGAGGACAUGUUGCAGUUGGGUAUUGAUAUGCCUUUCGAGAGGCAAAGACUGAAGCACGGUCUGCAAUGCUUUCAUACUAGAAGCUGGAAAGUUGGUUCAGUGGCUGGGUUACAGACGCGGAAGGGUAAUCAGUAUAGUAUCGUCGAGUGUCUGAACAUAUUAGGCACCCACCUGCAACAACUGUAUAUACUGGAGAGUACUCUGGUAUACGUUUUGCGUGAUUUUAGCAGAGUUCAAAAGAGAAUCAAAUUUGAACCGCCCGACUCACCCACAAUGGACAAACUGCACCGUUCUGCUAAGAAAUUGGCCGACCACAUUAGCAGUAUUAGGAGAGAAAUAAAUGCUAUGAAGAAAGUUCAUACCAAAAUAAGCAAAGAUAGUCUCAAACCCGCCGACCUCAUAACAGAGAAAAGCUCAAAACAGGUAGCAUUAGAUGUUUUCACUCAACUAGUCGUAUUUGGUUCUUUAAGCUAUGUUGCAUAUCGGGCAGUCAGUGUAUUGUACAAAUAAAUAUUUGUGAACA